AUGACCAGGUACGCCGAGGUUCUUGAAAACACUCAAUUCGCCCUUAUUGCCACGGUUCACAAGCUGUACAACAUGGUCCGCAACUCACAAACAUGGGACCUUGGUGAACCCGAUCUCAACGACCGCGGCCUCCCCGUCAUCCAUGAUAUUGCGCAGAAGCUCGGCUGCAUCCGGCCCAACAGCGACAUCGACCUCCCCGUGCACUCAGUGUUUCCCGAAGACGAAGCCGGCAUGGUAGAACUCGCGCGCCAGCUCGAAGAACAGCAGAACAAGGACGGCGACAGCCAAAAGGACAUUAAGGACACCGACUCGUCCAGCUACCAACGAAACGACCGUGCCUCGUCAUCGGAGCUCGACCAUUCCGACUUUGAGGACUAUCGCAAGGCGGCGUUUGGCAGCGGCAACGCCAUGACGCUAUCACCCCAGAGCUUCGCCGGCAGCAACGACUUCGACUUUAGUCCUACGGUGCCAGAGAUGGACCCUAGCGUCAUGUUCGCCUCGCAAAAUCAGUCCAUGCCCAACUUCUCCACAUGGUCCAUGCCCAAGUCUCAAAACAGUGGACUGGCAAUGCACUUUUUGCAACAGGCAGAUGCCCUGCAGAGCAUGAAUAUGAUGAACCAGACCAUGGUAGAUCCUGAAUUCGGCACCAUCAAACCCGAUAUCCUGUCAUGUCCCAACCCUGACGUUAUGAUGGGCAUAGGCGACCCCAUGAUUUACGGCGGGUUUGACAGCGAGUCGAUGAGACUCUGA